GCCUGUGCUUGUGUUGGAACAAGCUUUGUAGAGGUGUAAUCACACAAGGGAGACACUCUCCACCUCUCUGCUGGAUCUGUGAAAAAGGAAACUUGACGCUGCCUAGCACGACUCGUGUGUUAACUCCAAAAGAAAUGAUGACAGAAACUGCAGAAGCUGUGUCAGCCACUCUCACCACCAACAGAAACUGCACCAUAGAAAUCUCCAACCUCAGCGCUGGAUACUGCCUCAUCAACCCCAAGGUAUACAUGUCGAGUGGAUUCUGUCAGCACCCGCCCCAGCCUACGGUCCGGAUUGGAAAGACCGAAGUGUGUUCCUUCACCAAGGACGACAACACUGCCACGGGCUCAGUCGGCCUGCUGACCUACGACCUGUUCCAUAUGCAGAGCCGGGUUUGCUCAGAGCGCAUGGCCGUCAUGUUCUCUGUGCCCUUUGACCAUAACCUGUACAAGAACCGGCUGGCCGUGGGCAUGGUUGAACAAUCCCAUGCCUGCGACAAGCAGCUGUACAACAUGCUGUACGAUGGGAAAGACCUCACUAAGUUUGUCCGCUCAGAGACACACGGCUGUGGGCUGGAGUACCAUGCUACAUAUGUUGAUUUGAGGGCUACAAUGUCUGCUAUUGGCAAAGCAAUUGUUAAACUGGAGCUCUAUGAUAAAAUGGGUCGUUAGUUCUGUGCUUUGUAACAUAAUAAAUAAACUUCAUUUGAUUUGCUUCAUGUGACAUCCAUAGAAACAUAGAAGGGAGAGGAAGACUGAUUUUGCUGUCAUCUUCUAUUUGUGUCCACUGAAAGCUAUCAAUAUCUGACAGCCAGCUCAUUCUCCAUUAGCUUACUUCUUGGGUUUAUGUAUAUUGUACUCUCCCUUUUUAUCUGAUUAUGAUAAUAAAACAUUUACACCCAA